AUGAACUUCCAGGGCAGUAGGAGGCGAGGAGAGGAUGGCAUCGCCAUGGUGAUUGACUUCCUGCUGUCUAAUGCCCGGCUGGUUCUGGGAGUUGGCGGGGCUGCCAUGCUUGGAAUUGCUACACUGGCAGUGAAACGGCUGAUAGAGCGCGCAGGCCGUGCAGCUGAUGAUGAGAAGGUGGAGCAGAAGAUGGCUGAGAGCUGGGAGGAGUUGAGUUUGGUCUCUGCUUCCCCCACACUGAUCAAGAAGGGCAUAGAGGGUGUGGUGAUGAAACAUGUUGCCAAGGCGGCCAAACAGCAGAAAGCUGACUUGUGCCAACAACCUCAGACGUCCUCUCUGGAGUCCAAACCUGAAUCCAAGUCCAAGAGACUCCAGCUGUGCGUUCUCAGUUUGCAGGAGCGAUUGCAGCAGUACUAUCACACAAGGGCAGCACUCGCUUCACAUGAGGUCCAGAGGGCUCAGUCGCUAGCUCUGGACAUCUGCACUGAGAUCCAGGGCUUUCUGCGCAGCCGUCUCCCUGACAUGCCCCUGGGAGAAAUGAGCCUUGGAGGCUCUCUGCUGGAUGACCUGCAGGUGGUCAGUGCGGACCAUGCAUGUCUGCUGGUGCCUCUACAGCUGGAAGCCUCUCUGUGGCGUCUCAUCCCAGGAGAGGAGACACUGCUCACACACCCGCUGCACUGGAUGGUCAGACGGGUCAAUCUGGAGUAUUUUCCCAGAGGACGCAGCUACUGGGACAGGUACCUGGUGGGUGGUUACCUGUCUGCAGAAGCUGUUGUGAACAUGUUUAGUAAAGCUGUUAUGGAAACAAUAAACUGGCCGUCCAUCAGCAGCACCCUGGACUGUCUCGUCAGACCUGUACUGGGAGGACCAGACCUGAGACUGGAGAUUCGGCCUGGAAAUGUAAUCGGGGCACCGAGCAAUGAUCAGUCCUUGUUUAUCACCAUGCUGCCUCUGCUGAGGGAGGAGGAUGUGGUUCUGACCGCCCAGCCGGAGCUCACCUCUCCUUGGGUCAACGCCUGGCACCUGUCCCUCUACCCGUGGGAGAUGCAGCGCCUGGCUCAGCUCGACACUGCUGACGACGGACACCGCAGACACACACUUAAAAUCCUCAAGGCGGUGUGCAGACUGAACCCCGCCCUGCGGCCGCUCGAAGCAGCUCCAUUGGCCAAUCUCAUCCUGCACCUCAGUGACAGUGAGAGCGACUGGUCCGAAAUGAGCCUGGAUGUGAGAUUCCAGCAGUGUAUCACAGAGCUGAUUGGCUACCUCGAACAAGGGGCUUUACACAGCUACUUCAAGCCAGCUGUCAAUCUGCUGAGCGGCUUGUCAGAGGACCAGGUGGACCAGAUGGGCUUCAUGCUGUACUGCGCUGUGUCAGAGCCUGAAAUACUGCUCAUAUAACUGUCUGCACACACAUCUCUCAAGCUCUCAUACCACACACACACAAGCGGAUUGAAGGAGUAAUCUUUAUAGUCCAAGAUGUUUGGUUCAAGGCAGAGGUGUUGUAUUCUUCCCACUGCCUACUCUUGUUUAGUUCCUCCGUCCUGCUUUGAUGCAAGGGAACAGGGUAGAGUUAAGAUGACAAAUGGCCGGCACCAUGGACUGUCUACACUGGAGGAGGAGACGCUACGCGAAGACUACAGAUAUGAAAGUGAUAAUCACGCUAAACAAAUCGCCCCGAGGAAAAGAGACCUGAUGAGAAAAGGAGCUGAGGAAGUGUUCAUUAAGAUGUUUGAAACACUGCUUCAGGAGGUUCCUGACUCUAACACCACAUCCAAGUCUGCAUUUGAGUUUGUGUGAUCAUCAUUCUUCACAGGGAGUCAUGAACAUCCUGCACGGCCACAUACAGUUCAGUAUAUCUAAUAACGGCAGAGGACGGUUGAUUCAUUCUUUCUAGCCUCUUAUUGGUAGUGUGUGCUCUGCAUUAUUUUCCUAAAUCUUCUUUAAUAUAUUCUAGCUAUGCAGAAAAAUGAUGACUUGCUGAAAACCAACAGGCUUUGAUGCACUAAUGAAACCAUUCAGUCUGUCUCAGCUGGACUUAUUAAACACAGAGUGUAUAUUUUAUUAUACUGGAGAUGAAGGUGUGCUUGAUUUUGUUUGUCUUAUUUAGUGUUCGUUAUGUUGCCAAUCUUGUUUGGGUAAACUAACCCUCAACAUUAUGAUUAAAGUUGCCUAAUAAUUUUAUGCAGUUGCUUUUAAAUACCGAAUGAAUGUUGUGGCCAUUUCUUCAGUUGUGUUUUUUCUUGCUGAGUGAAAGACGAUUGAAUUUCUGUGAUGAGAAGUGAAACUGCAAAUAAAAAUUAAAGCAUUUGUUUAGAUUCGUUCUCA